ACUCUGGUACGAGGGGUCUGGAUAAGUUUCGUCCCCGCAUACAUGCUGGUGCUACCAUGGCAGUCGGUCCAAUGACAGAAGGAUUGCACCCAUUUUGAUCGACGCAGAGCCUCGAGGGGAGGAAUAAGGAGCUCCCAGCAGGUUGCAUCGCCACCACCAAUCCCUUGCGGUACCAGAAAAGCAAGGUAGACACGUCUUCCCCCUAAGCGUAGAUUCUUGCGACAUCGUUAUUUUUCAUCUUCCCUCCUAUGCAAAAUGGCCCGCUCUUUCUGGUCCUUCCUCCCAUAUCGUGGAGGAAAUAUUUUUCCUGAGGCAGUUAUUCUGAUGUAAAGCUAAUUCUAAUGGUGAAGGACAAGGUUCAUUGGAGGCAGUAUUAUGCUGAUUGCUGCUAAUUCAAUUUUCGGUAUUCAUUAUUUUUUGGAGCCCAAAAGCAGAACUUUUCAGUCUAUAGCGUCUGAAUGUUCUGGAAAUAUUGGUUGAUUUACUUUAAUUCUUCUGUCCGUGAAGGAAUAUUUUUGUUAUCUGCAGCACGUUCGCCGGUUGAAGCUAAUUUCAGAUUUGGGUAUUCAGUAAUUUGAGAGCUAGCGUGAGCAGACCAAUAUUCCCUUCCAGAGAUGUUUCUUUGUUAUGUUGGGGCAGGUCACAAACUCGUCAACUUAAGCUCAAAGCCACUAUAAUGUCUUUACAAUGUAAGAAGGUUUCAUGGGUUCGAUUACAAAAACUAAAAUCAUUGAGUUCGCAUGGAGCCUUGAAUUUGUCUGCUUUUCCAUCACACCAUGUUGCAUGCUGCUUAAUAGGUUGCUCCUGCAGAAGUGCAUUUCGUUGUGAAAAAAUUUGUCUUGUAAUUCGAUCACAAGCUUCGAGUAGAGACACUCAAAACCAGCGCGGUGGUUUGAGAAAAAGAUUCAGAAUUAGGUUGCGUCCUAGACUGCGGUUGUUAUCAAAUAGAUUGAAAAAGGUAUCACUGGAGGAAGUUGGAAUGUCGUUGAGAAGGAAUUCUAGGAACUUCAUCAUCUCUUCCGCAAUUAUAGCUGUUUUUGGGCUGUGCUACUUAUUUCUCAGAUUGACAGCAGUUCCAUCUUCCAAAGUUGUCCCCUAUUCGGACUUGAUUAUGAAUCUUCAGGCUGGUUGUGUGACCAAAGUACUAUUUGAAGAGGGUUCUCGACGUAUAUUCUAUAACACAGCACCUCUAUCUCUUGAAAGCUCACAGGUAUCUAUGCCAAAUUUGCUUCCAAGGGAAGUCACAGAGAGCGACCCUGCAUCAAGCUUGCUCUCAAGUGAUUUUGAGCUGAGUGACACCAUUGUCUCCGACUCAAGUGGCAUUGGCAGUGAAAGUGGCACUGAAGAUAUGUCGUUGAGUGUAGAAGAGAAACCAAUAACCAACAAGAGGAGAUGGAGAAUAUCUCCCGAGACAAGGCUUGGAACUCCAGAGUGGCAAUAUUCCACACGGAAAAUAGAUCAUGAUGAGAAUUUCCUCCUAGGGCUAAUGAGGGAAAAGGGCACAACAUACAGCUCAGCUCCUCAGUCAUUGUUGUUGUCCAUGAGGAGCGUUUUGAUUACAAUAAUUUCACUUUGGAUUCCAUUAACUCCACUGAUGUGGUUACUGUAUCGCCAACUUUCUGCUGCAAACAGUCCUGCAAAGAAACGCAGAUCAUACAAUCAGACUGUCAGUUUUGAUGAUGUUGAGGGCGUUGAUGCAGCCAAAUCAGAGCUUAUGGAGAUUGUUUCAUGCUUGCAAGGGUCAAUUAAUUAUACAAAGUUGGGAGCUAAAUUACCCAGAGGUGUACUGCUUGUUGGGCCUCCAGGAACUGGUAAAACACUAUUAGCACGUGCAGUAGCUGGUGAAGCUGGAGUUCCAUUUUUCACAGUCUCUGCUAGUGAGUUUGUGGAGUUGUUUGUUGGAAGAGGAGCAGCUCGUAUUAGAGAUCUUUUUAGUACUGCUAGAAAAUGUGCACCAUCGAUAAUUUUCAUUGAUGAGCUUGAUGCAGUUGGAGGCAAGAGAGGAAGAAGUUUCAAUGAUGAACGAGAUCAGACAUUGAACCAGUUGUUAACAGAAAUGGACGGAUUUGAAUCAGAUAUGAAAGUGGUUGUGAUUGCAGCAACUAAUCGACCAGAAGCACUGGAUCCAGCCCUAUGCAGGCCAGGGCGUUUCUCGCGGAAGGUAUUUGUUGGCGAACCAGAUGCCACUGGGCGGCAAAAGAUAAUUGCUGUCCAUUUAAGAGGAGUGCCUCUGGAGGAGGAUCCCCAAGUGAUAUGUAGCCUAGUUGCUUCUCUUACUCCGGGGUUUGUAGGAGCUGAUCUUGCAAACAUAAUUAAUGAGGCUUCAUUGCUUGCUGCUCGUAGAGGUGGUGAUCUAGUGACACGUGAAGACAUCAUGGAGGCAAUUGAGAGGGCCAGAUUUGGAAUUAAUGUGAGGCCAUCGACCACCAAUGCCAUAAGCAAAGAACUUGGAAGACUCUUUCCAUGGAUGCCAUCGCUUGUUCGAAGAAAUGUUGCAAGAGAUGAUGGUUCACAACAACCUCUAGGCUACCAAACAUUAACUUGAAAAGAUAUUCUUUGUGCACCACGGGAAUUUAGCCCCAGUCUUGAUGCAUUAUAUAUGUGGAAAUAGUCGAUUUUCCUGUCUGAUUGGAAUUUUGCGCGACGCAUGUUUUCACAAUCUCCCAUUUACUUAAAUGUUACAAGGAAACACUUUUGUGUACAAUUAUACACCAGCGAUGAAUCCCAUUGACUUAGGUGUUACAAGGAAA